AUCUUGUCGGAACCUGUUUUUGCCUGAACUGUAUAUGACUUUCGCCUGCCUGACUAGGAGCCAUUAAACCAUCAGUUUUACGCAAGUUCUCGCUGUGCAUUUGGGUCCUAUUUUCUGGACCUAUUUUGUGACAGAACAAUUCGGCCAAACAUGGACCCAGCCGGCGCCAAGUCGUUCAAGACCGAGCUCCAGGAUCUAGAAACACGGAUUCGCACCCAGGUACGCCGACCGCCAAGAGAAUCUGAUGACAGCAUAUGGAGAACAACUAAAACUACUCACCGAGCAUGUUAAUCCAGCUCCAUCUCCUGUCAUCGCCACCGCACCGACGCCAAGUUCAGUGGCUCUUCACGUACAACUCGGAGCUCCGACUUGUUUCUCUGGUGAAUCAGGUGACUGCAGAGCAUUUUUGACCCAAAUGUGAAAUUCAGUUUGAACUUCAUGCCCCGUCUUUUCCGACGGAGCGAGCCAAGGUCGCCUUCGCCGUUUCUCACCUGUCGGGAAAGGCGGAAGCUCCACUGCCCUAACGCACAUCUUUCAGGAGGUCACGCUAGGUCGAGAAGCAGCCCAGAGGCUGGUGAGUCUCCAUCAUGGAGAUCGCUCUGCUUACCCUUAUGCCAUCGAGUUCUGUACUCUCGCAUGCAGAAGCAGGCUGGGACUCUACAGUUCUAAGUGACGUCUUCAUUAAAAGUUGUCUCGCCGAGUCAAGGACAGUUUAUGGCCACCGAACCACCGGCCGAUUUAGAUGAGUUAAUCGCCCUGGCGAUCAAAGUUGAUUGUUGGCUGUGGGCAAGUGUCAGCGAGGUCCGUGAGGAAGAGGAGCGCGCGACUCUGCCCAGACGCUCCAUACCAGUGACACAGCGAGUCGCAAGACGCGCCGUCUCUCCAUGCCUAUACAGAGGGAAUCGCCGAGUCGGUCGUUGCUACUCCUGCAGCUCAGCCCAUGGAAAUAGGACGCAUUCGGGUUACAAAUGCGGAAAAGGAUUGAAGAUGGGCUUCAGGUUUGUGAUUGUAUUGCGGCCAACCCGGCCAUAUUGCCGUUGUAUGCCCAGUAAAAGCUAAUGCUCACCACUAGCUCAGAGAAUAGUAGUAAGCCAGUCUGCCCUGUGUAAAGCCUCUGCUCGACCGUUACCAGUAGCCACAUUCACGAUGAGCUCCCAGUCCAUCCAGCAGGUGGUACUAGUGGACUCGGGCGCCGAUGCCAGCCUUAUGGAUGCCAACCUGGUUAAGCGCCUGGGGGUCUCCAUGGUUCCACUGCCUGCCUCGAUGGAAGCCACGGCUCUAGAUGAUCAUUGGCUUAGGAAGCCCGAGACCAAUCCGGACCCUGCCCCACCUGAGGAGGAGAUCGACCUCUCUACAGUCCCGUCAUGUUAUCAGGAUCUAAGUCUUCAGCAAGGUGAGAGCUUCCACUCUGCCACCACACAUUGCAUUGAUCUGCACCCAGGCACCACACCCCCCAAGGAAAAGGUUGUUUUCUCUCUCUGGUCCAGAACGAAAAGCAAUGUCCGAGUAUAUUGAACAGUUCCUGGCAGCAGGAAUCAGCCGUCCUUCAUCCUCACCUGCCGGAGCACUGUUCUUCUUUGUUGGUAAGAAGGAUGGCUCGCUCCGCCCUUGUAUUGACUACUGAGGUCCCAAUGCCAUCACCGUCCGAGAUUCCUACCCCUUACCUCAGCUCUCAUCAGCCUUUGAACUCCUCGUGGAAGCCAAGAUCUUCACAAAGCUCGAUCUCCGAAACGCCGACCACCUGGUUCGCAUCCGAGCGGGGGAAUGGACGAUGGCUUUUAAUACCCCUACCAGUCACUACAAGUAUCUGGUCAUGCCCUUCGGCCUCACGAGUGCUCCAGCUGUAUUUCAAGUCAUGGUAAAAGAUAUGCUGAGCCCUAUGAUCAAUGAGUUUGCAUUUGUUUACCUGGAUAAUAUCCUAGUCUUCUCUCCCAUUGAAGAAGAACAUCAAGACGAUGUCCGACAAGUCCUGAAAAAACUCUACUGUAUGAACACAACCUCUUCGUAAAAGCCGAAAAGUGUGAAUUUCAUGUUUCCCCCAUUUCCUUUCUCAGCAAUUCUUAGGCUUUGCUCAUUUCUACCCGCGUUUUAACCACCGGUUCAGUUCCAUAGCCUCACCCCUCCAUGCCUUAACCUCUUCUAGAGCUCCGUUUCAGUGGUCUCCGGAAGCUGAGGCAGCCUUCCGGCGGCUUAAGUCGGCCUUCACCACGGUCCCUGUCCUGCGCAUGUGUGGUACACCCAAAUAUGUGUGACCGCAUUUGGUUAAGAAAAUAGGUAUUGGUUUAUUUACACUUAUUUUAUGAUGCAAAUAUUCUCUGUUAUUAAACAGAUUUAUUUUACAUUUUUGAUAUGUAUACCGGCGUAAAUAUUAGGAACCAUGAGUAGGUGGAACCUUCGACACUGUGUCUGCGCACCCCCGGCUGCCUAUUGCGGACCAUUUCCUGAUCCUCUCUAGAUGCAAAUUGGGAAAAGACACAAGUGUUUCUGUCGUUCCUUCAUUGAAGCUUUUCCUAUAUUUGACAGACAUUCUUUUUCUUAUCGUGGUCACCACGCCUGGGGCCCGUAACAAACUGUGGGGGCUCGUCCGGGAUCUCUCCUCUUCAAUCGUCGAGGACAGAUCCAGUGAUACCAGAACCGCAACGCAGCAGUGACCAGACCGCUACUACAGCCAAGCCAGCCGGUGGGUGUCCUAGGAGGAAGGUCAAGGUGAAAAGUAUGUUCGCCUCAUUGUGUAACCGCACUGCAGUAAAGGAAGUGUAGCACGUGCAAGUUACUACAGAGUUACUACACAACAAGCAAGUAAACAAAAGGGAAAAAAAUGUCAACCACAAGGAAGGAAUUAAUCUGGAGCAUCAGAGGACGCUUGUUCACACUUUCCAGUCCAGAUCUCUUUGAGCUAGCCAAGAGUCUAGUACAAGAAAGUAAGGACACAGCACUUUUCAGUCAAGAUGAUAAAGACAGUUGCAUGGACUAUGUCACUUCAUACCUUCAAUCACCUGCACUGUUACAGCUCGAAGAUGAGGGCAUGAGUCAAUUGUUAACGCUGGACGAUCUAAUAAGCCAAGUAAUCCAAUCUAGUGCUGAGCAAACAGUGGGUAGAAGUGAAAGUCUUACCAACAUGCCUAGUCCACAUCCGUCUAAAAUUUUGCCAGGUCCAACCCCUCCUGAUGGCCCACCAGAUAUUCAACCUGAUAUUCAUCUAGAUGUAAACGCAGACAGUGAAACACAGACAAUAGAGGAGUUGAGGAAAGCAUAUGUGGCACUGGGUGAGAGACUAAGACUAUGUGAAGCUGUAGCGCCCGAGCCAGCUGUACCCACCUAUCGUAGUCAUUCACAGCCACGUCCCGGAGCACAAGUUAGUCCAGAGAGACCGGUCACCCUCAAAGAUCUUUCCUACUUGCCUCGCAGAGAAUUCAAAGUGUUUGGAGGACAGAUCGGAGACAACAGUUCAGAAAUCAGUUACAACAGUCUCACAAAGCAAAUUAAUGAAGAGAACAAAGAAGGAUUUGCAGAAGAUGAGAUUGUGAGAGGUGUAGUGACAAUCGUCAAACCUGGCACAUUCAGAGACAUGCUCAUGCUCAAAGACGACCUGUCUCUCCCGGAACUCCAAGGUUUUCUUAGGUCUCAUCUUGGAGAAAAGGCAACAACGGAAAUGUUCCAAGAACUGAUGUGUGCUAGACAAACAGAACAAGAGUCACCUCAGCAGUUUUUGUAUCGCAUGAUUGGACUUAAACACAAACUGAUCUUUCAAUCGAGACAAGCCAACAAAGACAUUUCCUAUGACCCAAGAACUGUCCAGGAAGUGUUUCUCCACACAAUCUAUCAAGGCCUGGGAGUUAAGUAUUCAGAUUUAUGACAAAGACUAAGACCCCUCACCUCAAAUAACAAUGUUACAGACGAAGAGAUCCUUAGUGGAGUUACAAAAAUCAUAAGUGACGAAAAUGAACACCAAAGGAGACUAGGCCAAGUUAAUCGUCAAAAACCAGCACAAGCUCAAAAUGCUGUCAUCGAAACAAAAGAUAAGGUAGCCAAAGACCAACCAACUUCACCAACAAUACAACAACUUGCAGACCAAGUAGAGACUGGAGUAAGUAGUAGAGUAGAAAACCAUGUUUGUUCUCUACUUGAGAACAAACAUGGUGGCUAGCUUAAUGAACCAGAAAGCAGCACAACCCUACCCCUCUCCCUCACAACCCCCUCCCCUAAGCUUACCUUUCCAACUCCCAGCUAAUCAUCCCAAACCACCUCAAAAGAAAAGGUAUCUUUGUCCAAAGUGCACUGAACAGAAUUUACAGGACUGUAGUCACUGCUUUGUAUGCUGUGAGUCAGGACACAGAGCAGUUGGAUGUUUAAAGCGGACCAAGAUUCAGGGAAACUGGAAUUGACCUCUGUCAAGGGACAGCCAGGGGCAGGCACAGUGUCACAGUCCCAGCCAGUAGAGACAGCCUAAGCACAAUCCACAGAGCAGCGCACCAAACAUCACAUUAAGCAGACAAGGAAACAGUUAAAACGAGACAAGAAAAAACGACGUGUCUCCUCCUGUCAAAGGUCAACCUCCACAAGCUGCAGAGUUCCCCUAGUUGGUAGGAAGAGUCUACUUAAACGUUUGAUUGGUGGCUAUCCUGUAACAGUUUUAUUCGACUCAGGUUCACAAGUAAGCAUAGUUGACAGAGUGGGUCAAAAGAUACAUUCCAAACUAUCAAGUGAGACCAAAACAAUGAUGAAAACAAUGCUAAACAAUGAGCUUGAGGUCUAUGCAAUCAAUGGACAAGCAGUUCCUUAUGAUGGGUGGGUUGAGCAAACGGUAACGCUCGCUGGUCAUGAAGAUCCUAAUCUUAUUGUCCCAUUCCUAGUCAGUAAGCUGUCGCUCUCUCAACCACUGGUAGGCGCUAACGUGCUUGGAGCCAUUAUGCAAAGGCAAGUGUCGGAUAAGGAGGCCAUUGCUUCACUGCACAGUCUUCUACGCAGGACGUUUGGCAUGGAUGAAGAACAAGUAGUGGCUAUGGUGAACUUCAUACAAGUGCCUCAAAGGACAGAUGGCGGCCUAGCCACAGUGAGAGUUGGUAAAGACAAUGUAACUAUCCCAGCUGGCAAAGCAGUUCAAGUCUGGUGUAAGGUGCCUCAAAACUUUGACAUUUCUGACCCCCUUGUGCUGUAUGAACCUGAAGAGAGUGUUGCUUUAAGACAUUUGAGUGUAGGCGAAGGGCUCCUGGAGAUAAACAACUCUCUAAGACCUUUUGUCAAAAUUCCCAUCUCUAACCACUCCAAACAUGAGAUUAUUCUGCCGAAGAGAACAGCCUUAGAUACCAUCCAACAGGUCGCUAAAGUUAUCAAGACGUACAUGCUGACUGAUACACUGGAGUCAGCUCAGUCCUUACAGCCCACUGUCACCACAGCGGAAGUGAAUAAAGUCACCUCUGUUUGUGAUUCGCUUACUGAGUCCUGGUUGCCCCAAGUCGACUAUAUCCACCUGAGCCCAGACCAGCUGAAGGCAGUUGAAAAAGUGCUGAGAGAAGAGUGUAGUGCGUUUUCUCGUGACAGUGCCGACAUAGGCUGUAUCUCUUCCCUGCAAAUGGAAAUUAGACUCAAGGAUGACACACCAGUCCAGAGGGCCUACGCCUCCAUCCCAAAGCCCCUUUACAGAGAGGUAAAGGAGUACAUCCAAGAGCUGAUUGUGAACGGAUGGAUUGUAAAGUCGCAGUCGCCCUACGCAGCCCCUGUCAUCUGUGUGAGAAAAAAAGAUCGAUCUUUGCGCCUAUGUAUUGAUUAUCGACUUUUAAAUAACAAAACAGUGCCAGAUAGACAUCCGCUCCCUCGGAUUCAGGACUUAACAGACUCGCUUGGAGGCUACAGCUGGUUUUCAAUCCUAGACCAGGGCAAAGCCUACCAUCAAGGUACCUGAAAGCAUUUACCACUCCAUGGGGCCUCUAUGAGUGGGUGAGGAUACCCUUCGGGCUGUCAAAUGCUCCAGCAGCCUUUCAACGGAGCAUGGAGGAGAUGCUCGACACGCUCCGCGAUGAGUGCUGCAUUCCUUACCUUGACGAUGUUCUUUGCUUCUCCAAGUCUUUCGAUGAACAUGUCCAAGUGUUGCAGAAGGUUCUUAAAGCCUUACAACGCCAUGGAGUAAAGCUAAAGCCCGAGAAGUGUGAGUUGUUCCGCAAAGAGGUUCGGUAUGUUGGUCGGUUAGUGUCUGCAGAUGGCGUGAAGGUGGAUCUCAAAGACAUUGAGGAUGUGCAGUCACUCAAGCACAAGAGACCACAGACAGUUGGAGAAGUCAGACAGCUUUUGGGAUUCCUAAGCUACUAUCGGACAUAUGUGCAGGACUUCUCACGCAUAGCCAAACCCCUGUAUGACCUUCUCCAAGUCAAGUUUGACACCCCGCCAACCAAACCAGCAAGAGGCAGGGCAAGAUCGGCCCAACAAUCUUCUCGAGCUCCAGUGCAGUGGAACAAAGAACACCUAGAGAUUCUCGAGCGCUUGAUUGACAUGCUUACCCAACCACCAGUGUUGGCAUACCCUAACUUCACCUACCCCUUUAUACUUCACACGGACGCGUCCCCAAAGAGCCUCGGCGCCGUCCUGUAUCAGAACCAAGAUAACAAGAUGAGAGUAAUAGGGUACGGGUCACGAACUUUAACACCUGCCGAACAAAACUACCACUUGCACAGCGGCAAACUAGAGUUUCUAGCUCUCAAGUGGACAGUUUGCGACAAGUUCAAAGAAUACCUCUACUACGCCCCUCAUUUCACAAUAUUUACGGACAACAAUCCAUUGACAUAUGUCCUCAGCACAGCUAAGCUCAACGCAGUAGGACAUCGUUGAGUCGGACAAUUGGCAGAUUUCCACUUCGACAUAAAGUACCGGCCAGGAAAAGUGAAUGUGACGCCGAUGUGUUGUCACGCUGUCCACUCGACAUUGACACAUUUAUGAAACAGUGUUCAGAGGAACUGUCAGAGGAAGCUGUAGGUGCAGUAUGGGAAGGGAGUAGAAGAGCCAAGCAAGGUGAUGUAGCCUGGAUUGCAGCCCUUAACCUCACCACACAUAGUCAGCCUCUCAAAGAGCCUCUGCAUUCCAUCAGUCAUGACAAGCUGGUACAAGAACAAAGAGCAGAUUCAACUAUUGGAAAAGUGAUUGAGAUGAAAGAGAAAGACAUGUUACCAACAGACGACAACAAGGUUGACACAAACACAAAGAGACUGCUGAGAGAGUGGAGUCGGCUACAUAUUGAGAAUGGCCUUCUCUACAGAAAGACCAGUGAGCGUAAACAACUAGUGCUGCCUGCUGUUUACAGACAGAUUGCUCUCACACACCUUCACAACAACAUGGGCCACGUCGGGGUUGAAAAGGUCCUUAGUUUGGCCCGGGAGCGAUUCUACUGGCCUUUCAUGAAAAGAGAGAUUAAAGAAUAUGUUACCAGGAAGUAUCCGUGCAUCAAGCAGAAGAAGCCAGCCACACAUGUACGAGCACCCAUGGGCAGUAUAACAUCUAGUUCCCCGUUUGAGCUCGUUUGCAUUGACUUCCUGCACCUUGAGUCCUGUAAAGGUGGGUUUGAGUAAAUUCUUGUAGUAGUGGACCAUUUCACCAGGUUCGCACAAGCCUACCCCACCAAAAACAAGGCCGCAAAGACCGCUGCAGAUCGUCUCUUUAAUGAAUUCAUUCCCAAAUUUGGCUACCCCUCCAAGCUCCUUCUCGACCAGGGUCGCGAAUUUGAGAAUGAGCUGUUCAAGUCACUCAGAGAACUUGCAGGUGUUGGUCACUCUAGAACUUCACCCUAUCACCCCCAGUGUAACCCUGCCGAAAGACUAAAUCUUACUCUGUUGCAAAUGCUUCGGACUCUGGGAGACAAAGAAAAGCAAAACUGGAAGGAGCAUCUGCCUCAUGUCAUCCAUGCUUACAACUGCACUAAGCAUGAAGCUACUGGCUUUUCCCCGCACUACCUGUUGUACGGCAGACACCCUCGGCUCCCAGUAGAUCUUCUCUUUGGUCUCAUAACAGAAAGUGACAAGGAGACACCACAAGGAUAUGCUAAUAAAUGGAAAAAGAAAAUGACUGAGGCAUAUCGCAUUGCAAACAUAAACAGUCAGCCGUCAAGUUCCAAAGGCAAAGCACAUUAUGACAAAAGAUGUAAAGGAGUAAUGCUACAAACUGGAGACAGAGUACUCGUACGUAAUCUUGGAGAAAGAGGUGGUCUUGGCAAGCUAAGACCCAUCUGGGAACAGACAGUCUACAUCGUGAGAGAGCAGGUGGGUGACAACCCUGUCUACAAAGUCAGUCCAGAGACAGGAGGCCGUCCCGUUCGCACCCUACACAGGAACCUGCUGCUACAAGUGAAUGAUUUACCAGUAGACAUUGUCCAAAGUCAAGGACACACAGCCAAACAGAGAAAGAAUGAGACAUGCUUACAGAAGAGGAACGAGUAACACGAGAAGAACAUGAACAAGACUUAGACCUACCUCAAUCAGGUGACAAUGAAGAAAUACCUCAGCUUCAGGAAGAAGAUGACUUCCCCGCAUCCAGCCCAGGUCCAGUAGCAGAUCCUGAUCCAGAGCCAGAGGAUGACACCUACGCAGAGUCACCACCCCGUCUGAGACAAUCCACCAGGCAGAGACGACCCAACACGUUCCUUACCUAUCCAUCUUUGGGCCAGCCAACCUACCAGACUCGUCCUUCGGUGAACACAGUCAGCAUCCAGCUUUCACCAUAUCCUUUUCUGUACUAUUCCCCUCCUUAUUCUCAACCUCUUUACCCCCCUACCCUCACCCCCAACCCUUACCUUCCGGUUUCUUAUGUUAUUUCUUGCUAUUAGACUGAACAGAAGACAUAUACUUGAAGAUUAAAGACACUAGAAAAAAAAGAGACAUUACAAAGACUUUUGAAAAGAGACUUUAUUAGUAUUGGUUUGAGAAUGUUUAAGUCAAGUGUCAGGAGCGUGUGGUACACCCAAAUAUAUGUGACCACAUUUGGUUAAGAAAAUAGGUAUUGGUUUAUUUACACUUAUUUUAUGGUGCAAAUAUUCUCUGUUAUUGAACAGAUUUAUUUUACAUUUUUGAUAUGUAUACCGGUGUAAAUAUUAGGAACCCUUAGUAGGCGGAACCUUCGACACUGUGUCUGCGCACCCUGCCUUUACUGCCUAUUGCGGACCAUUUCCUGAUCCUCUCUAGAUGCAAAUUGGGAAAAGACACGAGUGUUUCUGUCGUUCCUUCAUUGAAGCUUUUCCUAUAUUUGAUAGACAUUCUUUUUGUUAUCGUAGUCACCACGCCUGGGGCCCGUAACACAUGCCUGAUCCUAUCCGACAGUUCGUGGUGGAGGUGGAUGCCUUGGACUCGGGAAUCGGUGCGGUCCUGUCUCAGCGUGCUCCUCAAGGUGGGUGGUUGCAUCCUUGUGCUUUUCUGUCCAGGAAACUGUCCUCAGCGGAACGCAACUACAACAUCGGCAACAAGGAGCUGCUGGCAGUCAAAGUGGCACUUGAGGAGUGGUGCCACUGGCUGGAGGGAGCAGAACAACCAUAUAAAGUAUUUACUGACCAAAAAAAUUUUGAAUACAUCGACACCGCUAAGCGCCCUCAAUUCACGCCAGGCCCGUUGGACCCUUUUCUUUGCCCGGUUCAACUUUCAUCUGUCAUACCAUCCUGGUUCCAGAAACGUCAAGCCAGAUGCAUUAUCCAGAGUUCAUGAAUCCGAGUCAGGAGUCACGGAACCUACUACAAUCCUGCCGGCAUCGUGUCUAGUCCAUGGAAUUGCCUUCUUUCUGUCCACCUAAUCGGCUGUUCAUCCCUCCGGAGCUUCAGGGGGAGGUAGUCCACUGGGCCCACACCUCGUCCUUUAGUUGCCACCCUGGGGUCCAGCGGUUUGCUAUCGUUAUCAGCAGUUGGUUCUGGUGGCCUUCAGUAAUUAAGGACGUCCGGGAGUAUGUGGCUGCCUGUCCUGUCUGUUCAGCCCACAAGCCGCCUCCGGGGUUCCUCCAGCCUCUUCCAGCCUCUUCCAGUCCCACAUCGUCCCUGCUCCCACAUUGCCCUGGACUUGGUGACGGGUCCCAAUCCAGAGGCAAUACAGUUGUACUCAAGGUAAUUGAUUGACCCACUUUGUGCCUUUACCGAAGCUUCUCUCAGCCAAGCAAACAUAACAACAUGUCUCCUCAAUGUAGUAAAUUACAGAGGUGCAGAAGCACCAAAUACAACACAAUCUUAUCCACAGAGAAACACAAUUAUACACCUUUUGGUUAAAUAACUUUUAUUUGACAAUAAAACAUGGACUGUGAUUCUGAACAACCACGUAUCAGCGAGGUUUUGAUGAUCAAUCUGCUCUGAUUCAGUUCUCACGCACAACCAGCAGUUGUUGUUCUGACUGUGUCAUAUGAUGUCGAGUAAUGUGUCGAUUUUAGCCCAAAUGUGUCAUAAUUGCUUAGUCUAGAUCCAUCAACUUUAAAUUUACCAAAUCCUCUGUCUUACCUAGACAGCUUCUUCCCCAUAACUCAUAUGGAGUUAACCUCAAUAAUCAACUGUUCCAAGUCGUCCACUUGUCUUUUAGAUCCAAUCCCAACCAGAUUACUCAAAGAAGUUCUGCCUUUAAUCAGCUCGUCCAUAUUAAAUCAAAUCAACCAAUCUUUACAUUUAGCUAUGUACCACAGCUUUUAAGGUGGCUGUGGUCAAACCUCUAUUGAAAAACCCAACCCUGGACCCUGGAGAACUAGCCAACUAUAGGCCCAUUUCAAAUUUACUCUUUAUUUCCAAGAUUCUUGAAAAAAUUGUGGGUAAACAAUUAUCUGACCACCUGAGUGGGAAUAACCUGUACGAAGAUUUUCAGUCAGGAUUUAGACAGCUCUGGUUAGAGUCACUAAUGAUCCUCUAUUAGCUUCGGACAAUGGUCUAGUUUCUGUCCUUGUCCUGUUAGAUCUUAGUGCUGCAUUUGAUACAAUUGAUCAUAACAUUCUAUUACAGACACUAGAACAUAGAAUCGGGAUUAAAGGAACAGCAUUGGGAUGGUUUAAAUCCUAUUUGUUGAACAGAUUCCAGUUUGUUCAUGUUAAUGAGAAAUUCUCCACAUGCACAAGGAUUAGCUAUGGAGUACCAGAGGGUUCUGUGCUUGGUCCAAUUUUGUUUAGCCUAUACAUGUCUCCUCUAGGUGAGAUUAUUAGAAAGCAUUCUAUUAAUUUUCAUUGUUACGCAGAUGAUACUCAGCUAUAUAUGUCCUUGGAACCAAAUGAAACAGAUCAACUAGUCAAAAUUCAGGGUUGUUUAAAAGACAUCAAAUCCUGGAUGUCCCAAAACUUCCUUCAACUAAAUUCAGAUAAAACUGAAAUUCUUAUUGUUGGGCCUAAAAAUCUGACACUAUUGAGUCAGCUAGCCACCCUGGAUGGCAUAACAUUAGCAUCAGAUUCUACUGUGAGAGACCUUGGUGUCAUAUUUGACCAGGAUCUCUCUUUUACAUCAUACAUUAAACAAAUCUCCAGAUCAGCCUACUUUUCCCUAUAAUUGAAAUGAAAUAUAGCUAAAAUCAGAAGCAUCCUCUCUCAGAGCCAUGCAGAGAAACUGAUCCAUGCAUUUGUUACCUCUAGGCUGGACUACUGUAACUCCUUACUCAUAGGAUGUCCUAACAGCUCCUUAAAAAGCCUACAGCUCAUUCAAAAUGCUGCAGCCAGAGUUCUGACAGGACUUAGAAAGAGAGAUCACAUUUCUACAUCUCUACAUUAGCUUCUCCGCACUGGCUGCCUGUAAAAUGUAGGAUAGAAUUUAAAAUUCUCCUACUCACCUACAAAGUACGCAAUAACAAAGCUCCUUCUUAUCUUAAAGACCUCAUAGUUCCUUAUGCUCCCAGCAGAACGCUUUGUUCUCAGAGCGCUGGGCUACUUGUGGUUCCUAGAGUCUUUAAAUGUAGAACGGGAGGCAGAGCUUUUAGCUACAAAGCUCCUCUCCUCUGGAACCAGCUCCCUCUUCAGGUUCGAGAAGCUGACACACUCUCCACCUUUAAGAUUAGGCUUAAAACCUUCCUGAUGUUAGUCACAGGAACCAUCUCUUAGUUAAGCUGCAAUAGACAUAGACUGCUGGGGGACUUAAUUUAUACACUGAGCUCUGUUUCCUUCUACUGUACCUCUUCUGUCCAAUAACCUCCCAUCGUUGUUCUAUGUUCAACUAACCUUGUCUCUUUCUCUCCAGUAGUUGUGCUUCUAUCCCGCGCUCUCUCUCUCUCUCUCUCUCUCCUCCAAUCUGUCCUCACCUACAGGUAUCAUUGGACUCAAAGUUUGGUGUCUGUGAUGGGCAGCUGCGGAUCCAACCAUCCUGCCUGUAUCCAGUCCCUGGCCCAACCGUCCUGCCUGUGCUCUGUUGUUGCUUGUUGUUGUUGCUGUGCUUUUCUCUCUCUCUAUCCCCUCACCCCAACCGGUCGAGGCAGAUGGCCGUCCACAUCAAGCCUGGUUCUGCUGGAGGUUUCUUCCUUGUUAGAGAGGGAGUUUUUUCUCUCCAUUGUUGCUGUCAAAUUAAAUGCUUGCUGUAUGUGGGAUUUGUUGGGUUUAGUUGUGAGAUCUUAAACCUUACUUUGUAAAGUGCCUCGAGAUAACUUUGUUGUGAUUUGGUGCUAUAUAAAUAAAAUUGAAUUGAAUUGAAAUUGAAUUAACUAAUCUAUAAUUCUGAUUGCAGUACCCUUUUUUGGUGAGGUGAUUGUGAGGACAGCUGCAGCCUCCAUCUGGUAGAGCACUGCUUCCACAAUAACUCCUUCAAAUAGUGAUAAGAGCAAACAUCACCAUAACUCCCCGGGCAUCUGUCUGCAACUAUACCUGUUCUGCUGCAGAAACAAAUCUCCAACAUAACCAAGUUUACCACCUACCCAGGACAUGGUCUGAUUACCUUACUUCCAUCAAGCAUUUUCACUGCAAGGCACUGUAAAAACAAACCCCAGACUUCUCAACUCACUUAGUAACCUAUAGCUUGCACAUUGGAGUGUAAAGAUAACAGUUCAUCCCAGAUUUGGAGUACUGGUACAUUUUCUGAUCAACAAUAAAGUUGGCUUUGACUAUAACAUAUUUCACUGAACUCUGUUUUUAUGAGGGAAAAAAUACUUUUAUUCAGGAAAUCACAUCCUUGAAAUUACACGUUUUUUUAUUACUAAUAUGGUAAGCUAUAAAGGUGAACCAACCGUGUGAAAAAAGCAUGUGUAAAUUGUUAUGGGAAAAAUUGUCUCUUCCUUAUUUUUAUGUGUCUUCCUUAUUUCUAUGCAUUUCUAUGCAGUUAUUAUACGAGUUAUGACUUAUGUUCUGCAAUUAAUAUCUUAUGUUUUGUCUUACUGUAUGCAUUUGAUAUUUCACCUACAUUGUUCAAUGGUUGUCUCUGCCUGAUAGACUCUCAACUCUAGCUCCCAAACCCAAGGUCGGGGAGUUGUGUCUCUGUCUGUUGAGACUCGGUGCUCCUUUCUCACAGAUAGUUGGACGUCAGCGAUGCAGGUGUGAGAAUGUAAAUAUCUUCACACACACUGCGACAGGGAGGAGAUGGUGCAUGUAAUUUGAUUGGGUUGGAAAGACAUUCCACCCUAGUCGGACAGAGAAGCUAAAAGGCAGAAGCAACUUGAGGAUCGUGGGCUCUUUGCAUCACACCUUCGUGGUGUGUGCAAUGAUCUCCCCAGCUGGUUUUUGGUUUGUUGAUGUGCACGAUCAACAUCCAUGCUUUUUAUUUGCUUUCCCCAUUAUUUUUAUUUUCUUUACUAUUUCAAUAAAUCGCACAAAAGGACAACUCUCUCUCAUCUACUUCUUUAUGGAAAAUUUCCACCACAGAAAUUGGCGUUUACGAACAGGAUCCCGCGGCAGGUCGUCUGGACGGUGUGACCAGGGACGAUAGUCCUGAGGACUAGGGUCGCUCAGCCUCCAAACCUCUACAGACAUUCAGAGCUGGGAGGACUGCUCACCCGUCUGGAUCGCCUCUGACGAGAUCCAACGAACUCAAAAUCCAACGAACACAAAAUCCAACCUCUACUCGGCCCGGUGAGAGAGAUUCCGUUUUGUUGCGACUUGUUGAAGAAAAAAAAAAGAAACGGGUUUGAAAUUGGUUUCAGGUAUUCGGGGUUUACUUGGCUCUGAUCAUUUGGUUUAGGGAAAGUAAGGCAAAUAACAAUUAAUUCUAAAACACUAAAACAUACCCAAUUAGACUAAAACAACCAAAGACAAUAGAAAAUAUAACUAGGAAAAGAGAUGAUAAUAUUUCUAAAACAACUAUUUGGCUGAAAACAUCCAAAUAUAAUAUUAGGAAAAAUUAUAAUUUUAAAAUUUAAUAUUCGGGUAAAAUUAAUUAGGUCAAAGUCUGCCCUGGUGGCCGAGACGGUGGUUGCUAAGGGUUGGCUCGUGGGACCGAGCUUGUUUUGUCUGUACUGAGGAUACAGACCAGUGUGCAGAUCUGAGCGCAGUCCAAAGGGAGUGGACAAGGAAAUAAAAGACGGCUUCUGUAAGACGGAGCGCGUUUGCAGGGGGAAGUGUUUUUGAGAUACGAGGGACCCGGGUCUUAGAGGGGCCUGACGGUGAGGGAGCACUUCCGAGAACCCUGUCGCUGAUCUGAGCGGUUCCCUUUCUACGGAGACGUCCGUGGAAGAGAAAUUUCGAAAAAAGGUUCCGGCCGGAACACAUAAAAAUCUAAGGCAGGAAACCGCCGGGACUCUGAAAGAUGGGUUCGGGGCGAUCUAAGUCUCCACCACCAGACUGCAGCAUUACAAAAGUAAAAGUAAUUAUAAAAGUAAAAAGUAAAUAUGGUUAUUAGUGCGUUUCAUGUUUCCAUGAGUGGGAAACUGGUUAUGGGUUCAAAAAGAGAAUCACUUAGUGUAAAAGACAUAUGCACCUUUAAAAGAAAAAUUAGAUACAAAAAGAUGAAAUUUGAAAAAGCAAAACUAUCAAAACUAAAGCCCUAAAAGAAACAAAAGAGAGGAGGAAAAAAAGGAGAUAACAACUCUGGGGAAGAAUUGUUUGCACUCUGCCACACACACACACCACACACACCACACACACACACCACACACACACACCACACACACAUACCACACACACACAUAUCAUGUCAAGAGCAAAUGCUCCCAUUGUUUCUGCUCUCUAUUCUAAUGCAGAACUGAGCGCGAUGAGGGUAAAUCCGGAUCUGGACUCCUUUCCCACCAUCAGCAGAAGAACCGAAGGAGAAGAAGCGCUAACCAACAACCAGAACAGGGUGGAAGCUCUGACACCACAGCAGCUGGAGGACACAGACCACAGCAUGGAGGCCUCAGCGACUCCCACAACGUCUGCAGCCAUCACGUUCUGGGCUCAUCAGAUGAACCAGCUACUACAAGCGUGUGUGUCUGACAGACACCUGCUUAUGACAAUCAGCAAAGGAAAACAAGGACAGAGCAACAGCAGAGAAGACAUGCUCUGACACAGACACUGGUUGAAACAACAGGAGAGGCUUCAGACGUGAUCGGCCCAAAAGAGCUGCAUGCGAGGAUCCAGGAAAGGUCUGUCAUCGAGGAACAACUGUCCCAUUGAAAGGCUUCACCCACUGGCGCUCACAUGAGACUGAUGGUUGGGGAAGGAGGAAGGUGACGGUUCCUUUUCACGUGACGUACAAGACGGUACCGCAAACACACACACACACACACAUUCAUACACGCAAUGAAGAAACACGCUUACAGCUGAUACACGCUCAAAUUCAUGUUCAUGCUUAUCUGCUCGCAAUGAAGAAUCGCUUUUUGCUUAAAAAAAUCCCACAGAGUGAUUUUAAAAUGAUGACAAACAGCUAAAUGACAAUUGCUGCAUGACUUUACAGUCUGAUGGGUUCAAACUAUUUUAACUUGCAACAAAUUCAGUAAUAAAAUCCUCUAUGUUUCUAAAAGGGUUUGUGCACAAUAUAGGUUUGUCUGGCCAGACUAGAAGACUAUAGGAAACAAAACAGACUAUAGAGAAAACAAAACAGACGGUAGAAAAAGAAACAAAAAAACAGACUAUAGGAAGACUGAGACUGACUGAAACAGACUAUUAAUGACUAUUAAAGGGAAGACGACUAUUAGAGAGAAGUAAUAAUAAUUACUGUACGUACCAGACUAUUAAAGAAAAACUAAUUCUUUCACUGUCUUGUGCAACAUCUGACAGCAAGACACCUUAACAUUCAUCUUUGCUUUCAAACUUGUGCCCAGUUAAAUUUUUAGGAAGAGAUCUCAUGUAGUUUAGAUAUUUGAUUGAUUUCCACUCCAGACGGAGUGCAGGUUACAUCUACAGACAUUCUAAAUAAUCCCUCUUUUGUUGGUGUUAACUUCAGCUCAGCUGUGCUCUUAUCAUUAGCUGCUGGGGGGGGCUGUAACUGAGGCCCUCACACAGGCUGCAUCACAGCUUGUUUAUGAUUUCACACACACACACUGACAAACUGGCCUCAACUUCCCUCUUUUGGGAUGAACACAGGUCUGCGCUUGCGAUUUCUUUUCCUAACGAACAAAAAGAUUUUUGAUUUUUAUUCUACAGUUCCACACGUCCCUCUGUGAAAACAUGAUGGAGACAGAUGCAGGACGUGGGUCCUUUCGUGAUCAGAUGUCAACGGGGUGGAGACUGGUGAACGACUUCUGACCCCAUGUGACGUAUUUACCCACAUUACAUGCUUUUGUUUUUAUUUUGAUUUUUCAGAGGACGCUCUGACCCAACACUCAGCCUUACAGGAAGCCCUGCUUCCCUGUGGCUCACACACAUAUGAUGUAGGUUUGAUCAGAGGAUGUGAACUAGUGGUCAUCACACCUAAAUCUGACCACAAACCAUGUAAACAACAACACCCUCUUAAAGGAAGCCAUAGAUGGCGUUACUGCAGACACCACUAAGCUACAGAAACAUUGGAUGCUACAGGCCACAAAGAGAGCCUGUCUAAAUUACAGUUAGUUCAGACAAAGGUUAUUUUCUGGGUCAUUGUAAUUACAGCUGAUGGCAAAUCCAUCUCACCCAACUGAGUUAAAGCAAUUUGAAACCUGCCUAAACCGUGCACGUAAAAACAGCUGAUAUCUUUUCUAGGUCUUUGUUCUUAUUGUAGGACUUUCGUUCCUAACUUUACCUUCUCUGAGGUCCCACUCAGGGUUCUGAUGCAGACGUCUUCAUCGUCCACUUCUUGUCUCACGUGGACGUCUGAGGCUGAACAACGUUCACCGACCUCAUGCUUGCUCUUCAGUCGACUCCUACUUUGGGUCUCCCUGAUCUGACCCUAUGCGACCUUUCACUCAAACAGUGGAUGAGAGAUCAGGUUGUACGACUUCUGUUCUUUUGUCCUCAUACUGUGUCUUUGAUUCUUUUGGAA